AUGUCAGAAGAUAAUGAACCACCACUUGUCAAAUACAAAUAUCCACUUAUUGGUCAUACUUGGGAUUACCUUAGUAAUGUAGGCGAUUUCAUAGCAAAAUGCAGAGCGCAGUAUGGGAACAUCUUUACUAUUAAUGUUCAUGGUCGAAUGUUGACAAUCGUUGGCAAGGAAUAUGCUCAUGAAAUCUUCGUUUCGAAAGAUUGUUCAUUUGCGAGGGGAUUUGACGAGAUAACACCGUUAAACGAAAUUUUAGGAUUAGAAAGAAAUUUUACAUCGGCGACUGCGGAACUUGUCCGUAAAACUCUCAUGGAUAAUGUCGAUGUAUACACUCAUCAUUUCCAAAAUGUUCUGCACGAGAAGGUUGAAGAGGAAUUCGGCAAUCUCGAGACGAAAAACGUGGAUUCUCCUUUGGACUUUGUGCAAGACAUUGUUUCUAAGACUAUGGCUUCAAUUCUUCUUGGAGAGGAAGCUAGACGAGUUCCUGAAAUGAUGAGCAUCCUAUUGGAAACUUCCAGAGUAAUCGGCGAAUCUUGGUUCAUCCCCAACACAUUAUCAUACAUUCACCCCUACUUACAUAGGCUACGUGUACUGUGGACAGUUCGUCGUGCAGGUGACAUCCCCCAAAAAAAUAUGGCACUACUUGCUCAACUCAUUAAACCAAUUGUGGACGAUCGAAUUAGGAAAGAGAAGACAUUAGGCAGCUCGUGGAAAGAGCCUGUAGAUUUGUUAAGUGGAUUGAUCAAUAAUAAAAGAAUUGACAAGUCGAAUGUUGACUACAGGUGGAUCGCGGUUCAUAUUCAGCUUAUGGUGUUUGUUGCCGUGCACUCAACUGCCGCUUUUGGAGCUAAUUGCUUGAUCGGCAUAAACUGGGAAGAAUUACUUGAAGAACAGUUGGAGGUCAAUCCUGAAAAUAAAAAGAUUAUCACCAAUGAAGAAACUAAUAAAAUGGAAAGAAUGGACAGUUUCAUUAAGGAAUCAUUAAGGAUGUCCGGUGUCGUCGUUGACAUGUAUCAUAAGGUUCUCGAAUCUGGAUUCCAAUUCAGCAACGGCUAUAGUCUUCCACCCGGUAGUAUGAUUGCUAUUGAUAAGAAUAGUAUUCAUUUCGAUCAAACCUAUACAUUCGGAAAUCCAUUGGAGUUUGAUGGAAAUCGUUACUUUCAAAAGGAUUCUCCAUCCACUAAAGUUGGAAAGACGUAUAUUGCCUUCGGAUUGGGAAGACAUGUGUGUCCAGGACGUUUCUUUGCCGUCCUCGAGAUUAAACUGUUGAUGGCACAUCUGAUUCGAAGUUUCGUGAUAAAGCCCGUAGGUAAAACAAGGAUUAAAAAUUUAACAUUCGCCGGAUUUAUUAUUCCUUUUGAUAAGCUGGUCUUCGAGAGAAGAACGAAAUAA